AUGGCUCAGGUGAAACUGGUGUCGAUAAUCAGCAGGGAGAACACCCCUCUGUUCAUCGGAAUCUAUCCCGGUGAAGGCGAAACCACCACACAGCUCGAGUACGACUACUCGUCACUAGCAUACAUGGCUCUGGACUAUCUGGGCCAGCAGCAGAACGAAAACGCCGGCACCGUGUCUCUUCUAUACGUGCACAAGCUGGCGGUGUACGGUAUGCUCACCAACACGGCCAAUAAGAUUGUGAUUGGCUGCGAGGCCCAGGAGGGCUCCGAGAGCAUUGAGCAGUUUGCCAAGCAGGUGCUCAAGGUGCUGGUGGCGUACAAGAGCAAUCCAUUCUACGAUGAGACCGAGACUAGCAUUGAUAGUCAGGGGUUUAGAAAGGAGAUGGCCAAGGUGGUGGACAAGUGGAAUAAGGGAGAGGCAUAG